AUGGCAUUCGAGCCGCGCAGCCCAACCUUCGCAAGAUAUGGCGGUGAACACCAGCCGCUGCUGGCCUACAAGGAUGCUGUCGUGGGGAUCCCUGGCAGUCUUGAGAUCGCAGACGAAGCUGAGCCUCAUGUCGUCGAGGAGCUCAAGACACUGCUCAGACUUGUGUACCCAGUCGUUGUGACCACAGCGCUCGAGUUUUUACCAGGUUUUACGUGUAUUAUACUAGCAGGCCACAUCCAGUCGCCUCAUACGCAGCAAUACGUGGACGCUGCCACUCUGUCGACGAUGUUCAUGAACAUCACAGCGUACUCCAUCGGCUUUGGGCUCACAUCAGCUCUAGACACGCUCUGCUCUCAAGCAUACGGUGCUAAACGGUUCGGGAAGAUCGGGAUCUACUUCCAAGCUGGUCUACAGAUAAUCGGUGCCUGCCUCGGCCCGAUUUUUCUCGUCAACUGGUACUCCGAGAGCUUUUUACUCUUCAUGGGCCAAGACGCAGAAGUCUCUCGACUAGCUCAAAGUUUCUCACGUUGGAUGCUGCCUGGCGUGCCGUUCGUUUUCCUCUACGAGUUGGUGCGGAAGGUGCUGCAAGCUCAGAACAUCAUGAAGCCAUUGGUGGCUAUCGCGGCGAUCGGCAACGUCGUCAACAUCGUAUCAGGCUACUGGCUAACGUACCACACGUCGCUGGGCUUUGAGGGCAUCGCUCUAUCGAGAUCACUAGGGAACAUGGUGCUACCGUUUCUAUUGGUCCCGUAUUUCUACUUCCAUCCACACCAUUUGAGCCAAUGGUGGCGUGGCUGGGAUCUCAAGGAAGCGCUGGCACACGUGGCGUUGUUCUUGCGUCUGGGCGUCCCCGGCUGCUUGAUGAUGACGAUGGAGUGGUGGGCGUUUGAGCUGCUCACGCUGAUGGCUGGCGUGCUGCCGAGUGCCGUGGUGUCUGUCAGCGCCCACGCCGUGCUAGUCAACAUCAACAACACCAUCUACAUGACGUUUGCCGGUCUCGCAGUGGCCUCGAACAUUCGCGUGGGCAACUGUCUCGGCGCCAAUGCCCCCAAGCAGGCGAGACUUGCUUGCACCGUGUCGUUGACACUAACGUUGGCCAUUUCGUCCACGUUCGCGUUGCUGUUGUACGUGCUACGUCACGAGAUCCCACGCUUGUUUCUGAACGACGCUCAAGGGAUCGCUCGCGCUGCUAGUGUGCUGGCAGUCUGGGCCCCGCUCGAAGUGCUGGACGGCCUCAAUGCUGUCGUGCAAGGCAUUUUCCGCGGUGUGGGCAAGCAGAAAGUGGCUGCGACGGUGAAUGCAGUGGCCUACUACGUGUUCGGUAUACCGGUAGCUGGAGUACUGGGCUUUCAUUUCUUCUUGGGCAUCGAAGGAUUAUGGCUGGGCUUUGGCUUCGGUAUCUUUGUGGCGGCCUCGCUGCAGUUCUAUAUGCUGUUCGAGAGCUGGACGUGGGUAGAACUCGCUGAAGACGCCCAGAAGCGCACCGCCGAAUAA